AUGGAACGCAGUGGUCUUCGCCCAAACCUCAAGCCGAGUGACAUCUGGAGCCACCAGACAGUCAACGCACAGGUCUUCAUUUCCAGGAUCACACACCAUCUCUGUGGGAACUCCUCUACUAAAAGUAGUUCCAGGCUUCAUUCUCUAAGGACUAGCUCCACAGAAGGGACUUUUGCCAGAGAAGCACCUGCAGACACACAUGUUGCAGAGACCACCAGUGGCCAAAUCACUGAUGAGUACACUGCGCUCACUGAUACCUCAGCAACGGAAGACAACAGGACAGGGGGAACCCGGGACACAGCAUCUUCCUGCAGUAACCCAGCUUCAGUGGAGACCAACACAGAUUUGACAGUUUCCAGGAAAAAUGUCCCGAUGUCCAUGACUUCUGAGACCAUCGUUACUGGCUCACAUGCUCCAGGAAACAGGAGUCCAUGGGAUGGGACAGCUUCUUCUUCCCCACCUGACUCUCCUCCUACAGGUGCUCCACGUUCCGGGGGGGGGGGGGGCGGCCUGGAACCGACUCCACUGACCAUGGGACCGCUCUUUUCCUCUCCUGAGACCAGCUUUGCCGAAGACAUGAGGAUAAGCAUCAGCAUUCCUCUAUGGUCAUCUGCGUCUGCUCGUGGUGAUAAAGUGUCAGGGUCCUGUACCAUCUUGGUCCAGAGAGUCACCUCCUCCAUGACCACAGAGACCCCUGAGACCACAGAGAGCACUGAGCCCAACUCAGCUGUCCCUUUGUCCAUGACACACAGCACUGCAGCAGCAAGAGUCGGAAUACAGACCAGCACCUAUCUACUUAUUCCUGGAGAAGAAUCAAGGGGAACUUUGAAUCCAUCUGUUUCUCAACUUGAGACAUCUGCUUCCAGAGUCAAGACCGCCUUGGCCGUCACCUCUGCCCCAACCCAAGCCUUCCCCACCAUGGAUAACCGGCCGUCCCUUUCAUCUCUAUCUUCUGCAUCCCACCCACUCAGAGGCAGAAGCAAUGUCUCCAUUGCAAACUCAGCCAGCACAGCUCUUUGUGAAACAUCUCGCCCCUCUAGGACCUCGGCUUUUACUUCUGCGGCAGCCAUGUCACAGACUAGCACAGACCUGUUUAAUUAUUCCACGGCACCUGGAAACACAGCUUGGCCAGAGACUGGUCCCAAAUCUGAGACAGGGUUCCCUUUAGCACCAACCACUGUUCAGCCCCUGCCCCUCUUUCUGCUACGGGAGGUCACUAGGUUCACUUCCCCAACAGCCAGCUCCAUGCAAAGAACUCCUCGGGACCCAGCAACAGCCACGCUCACAACAGAGGCCACAGAUGUCCCAGCCGCUGUUCCUUCUCCAGUUUCCACAAAUAUAACAACCACAAAGGGCUAUUACAGUGAAAGAAGAUUGGGAACAGCCCACCCGCCUAUUGGAACCACCUCUCCAUCGGUGACAUCGACAGAUUCCACUUUGGCCAUUUCCAGGGGUGGGACUCAGCCUCUGACUUCAGAGAUGUUUGCGGUUCACCGCUCUCCUGAGCCUGGCUCUGCUACAAGCCACCCGUUCAGCAUUCUGUCCUCAUCUCCUGCUCCUGCUGCCGAAGCCACAGUGUCCACCAGCUCAACCCAGGGGGUCACCACAAGCGCGAUAAUGGAAACAGACGAAACUAGUAAAGGGAACAUACCCAACCUACCUUCCUUAACUUCUUUGUCACUAACUAACAUCCAGACAAGUGCCUACUUGGGGGUAACCCCGCUGUCCCCCUGGGUACUCUGUCUCCGGCACCGUCCACAGAGCUGUCAGGAAGGAGAGUCUGUCCUCAGCACCUCCCCCGAGUCAGCAGGCACGUCCAGCGUCAGCCUCAGAGCGCACACCAGUCGCAGCAGUUCAGACAGUUCCAACAACGCCAGCUUCACCAGUUCCAGCUGGGUCUCCCACAGCCCUCAUGUUCCCCUCAGCGGAGACCACUGCUCCUGUCCAGAGAUGUCCGUUUCUGGAGAGAUGGGCACCAGUGGCACCGGGGCCUCCACCAUGUAUAGCACCACUAGAGAUCCCAGGGUUACACGUUCAGCUCACCUCUUUCUGCCCCAUACAGUGAAGGAGCUCAGAACCACAGACAGCUAUCCAAGAACAGUGUCCACCAGCUCAGCGACUCACACUGGAGGUUUGAGUGUCCCAAGGACACCCUGUCCUGCUAGCCCGGGCAUAGCAGCAUGGACAAGCACAGACACAGCUGGAUACUCCAUUCGAUCCCAUGACACAAAUAUGACAGAAAAAUCUCCUGACAUUGGGACACUGUCAACCCUUGGACCAAUCUCUACAGAAGCCUCCACUUCCUCUACCACUGGAAGCAGCACAUCGGAGGUGACCUCUGAUGUCCCAGGUGAAUGCUUGGCCCUCACUACCAGUGGGCACAGCACAGUCACUUCUUGGCUGAGGGUCCUCACUGCAUCUCCCCCCAAGGGAACAUGGCAGAGUACCAGCUCCACCGAGGAAAUUGUCUCAGCUGAUCUUAAUGUCUUAAGUCCAAGUGCAUCCAAGACAACAUUUGGCACUGCUGGGACUGUGGUGUCCACUACUAACACCCCUGUGCAUGAAAGUUCCUUGUUGCUGAAAAGUGACCCUUCAACACCUAUGACAGCAGCUUAUUCUGCAGAGCUUGAGGAGUCUGUAGGAACUGCCACCAUGGCACUGAGUGAGGGGCCACAGGGAGGCACCACGUGGUCAGUGGAUGGCCUCACAUCUCUGUUAACUAUGGUGCCAGCAGAAUUCUCUAUGGAAAUGGCAGUAGCUACAAAUAGAAUCUUACACUCCCCAUAUCCAGCUGAGGCUUGAUGUAUAUACUCUGGGACACCAGAAGGGACCAACCAGGCAAGAGGAACAGUGUCCUCCCUACUCUCAGAAUCAACUCCUUUAGGCUCCACAGGGAAUGUUCAGCAAGCCACAUUACUCCUUGCACUUCUGAUAGAGCAGACAGCUCAGAUACUAUCAGUCUCAUCAGUGUGGCAAGAGAAAAUUGGCUCCUCUAUAUCUGAAACCUCCCAUUUAGUGGGGCCCAAGUCUGAGUCCAUCUCAGAAUUAGAGACCACUGACACUAUAUCUCCACUGUGGUCUCUUUCUGUGACAUCAUCUCCUGAAGAACUAACAAGCAAGAGUGAAGCCCUCAUUCUAGAGGUGAUCACCUCCAGUCCCAGGAUAGCAAGAUAUUGUUUAAAUGCCUUCUCAGAGACAAGAACUGAUGAGUCAAUGAAGCUGAGUGACACAGUAUAUGAAGGCACCAGUAGGUCUACCAGUAACCCCACAUCUCUUUUGACUACAGUCAGCCUGGGAAUGCCCACAAGAAGACCAGAGAAAGCUCCAACUCUCAAAAUUAUGAGCUCCAAUGAGAUCAGCACCAGCCCAGAGGCUAUUUACACUGGGGGAAAUUUUCGGGAGACUUCAACAACUACUGUCCCCAUGGAGACAAAGGUGGAAUUUAUCACUCUUCAGUCUACAGCCACAGGGAGAGGCAGCGUCAGCCUCUCUCACUUGCCCACAGGAGUCACAGCCUCAGAAAAGUCAACAACAGAAGGGACAACAGGAAAAGAAAUUAUUUCACUCUCCCAUUUUCCAUAUAAGGCUGGGUUCAAACCCUAUUUGGGGACUGUAAAAGGGGCCAGCAAGUCAUUGGGCAUAGUGCCCUCUAUCUCCCUUGACUCAACCCUUAAAGGUAACACAAUCAGUGUUCAACAAAGCAGUCCACCUCUAAUUACAAAGAAAACUGAAGUGAAUUUCUUCAUUGACUCUAGUAAAGGGAACACAGUGGACACACAUUUUUCUCAUGGCACAACUUCCACUAAUCUUGAAGAUACAAUGGCUAUCUCAGAAAUGGAGACAACCCAGAAAGUGACCACUCGUAUGGGGAGAAAUCCUGAAAAUCUAUCAAGCACAAGUCCAUCUUUUCUGGAUAAAACCUCCCCUACAUACAAGGAAUAUGUUCCCAUUAAAUCAUCACAGUCUCCAGUAUCUUCUACAAAAUCUAGAAGUCAUUCCUCCUCUCAUUUAGAAACACCAUUUUACAACUCUGCUGUAAUAAAGACCACAGAAAUAUUAGACUCACUAUUACAUCCUGGAGCCGGUUCAACACCAAAAGAGAGUGAUAUCACAGUUGAGAUACUGGCCACUUCUGAAGCCCCCCCACACAUAGAGGCAAUGCACCUGGCCAGGAACACCACUGUCAAUGGUGUGAGGGACACCAGUUCUGGACAAGAAACACGCUCCUUUGUCCCACCUAACACAGGGACAUCGGAAGUCACUUCUCCUGUCCUUACCUCUUCCAUCAUAUCCAAAACCCUUGUUUCCAUACCAAUGCCUGCCUCUAGAGCAACAACAGGGUUUGAGACAGAGUCCUCCUCCUCCAUGAUGCCUGAUCUGAGGAGAACCAGCACCUCUCAGCCAAUGAGCUCAGCCACAGAAACAUUCACCACCUCCCAAGUACCCACUGGGGGGUCUACUGACGUCUCUGGGAGAAAAGACAUCUCCUCUAGCGGGACAUUGUAUUCUGGCCUGCCACAAUCCACGAUGACCCCAGACACACCCAUAGGAGCACCCAGACCCUCUACAGCUCCCAUUGUUACAGAAGACGCAGAACUGAACUUCUCCUCACAAACAAGUCACCAGGGCGAUACAACAUGGAAAACAACUCUCUUGGACUCAUCCACAACAGACUCCUUGGAGAGUACUCACUUGGCUGGGACUCAAACUCUUACACACUCAGAGGUGAUCACUGACGUGAGCAAAGGUCCUGAGGAUGUGGAAAGCACCAGUCCUCUCCUUGAGGAAAACAGCAGCUCUUCUUCCUUGAAAUCACUUCCAAUCACAAAUGCUUUGUCUUCCGGUCCUCCCACAAAACAUGACAAUGGCUCCUCCUCUCCUUCUCUAGUCACCUCAGUUCAGACUUCUGGCUUGGUGAAGUCCACAGACAUGUCGGGCACAAGCUUGGACCCUAGAGCCCAUUCGCCUCCUAACGUGAGCGACACCACAGUUGAGAUACUGGCCACUACUGGAGCCUCCACACAUGCAGAAACAAUUCACCUUUCCAAACACACAGCUGUGACCAGUGCGAGCACCAGUUCUGAACAAGAAACACAUUCCUCUGUCCCAGCGGACACAGAACUAUCCAGAGUAAAUUCUCCAAUGGUUCCCACUUCCAUCGAGAGGGAAGCCUCAGUCUCCACAUCAAUGACUGCCUCUUCUGAAUCUACACCGUUUGAGACACAGUCAGCACCCUCUAUGACCCCUAGACUGAUGAAGACCAGCACCUCCACGCACAUGACUUCGGCCACGGAGAAAAUCAGUGUCUUUACCCAAGUGCCCACUGAUGGUGCCACUGACGUGUCCAGGACAGAAGACAUCUCCUCUAGCGGGACAUCCCAUGUUGCCCCAGCACAUUCCACGAUGACACCAGACACAGCCACAGGAACACCCGGGCUCUCUCCAUCCCUAAUCCUGACAGAAGCUUCACAAAUGAAUUUCUCCACACAAGCAGGUCACCAGGAGGAUGCAACACAGGGAACAGAUCCCUUGGGCACAUCAACAACAUCCUCCUGGGACGUCACUCACUCGGCUGGGACUCAACUUUUAACACAAGCAGAGGUGACUCGCAUGAGCAGAGGUCUUGAGGAUGUGUCAAGGACAAGUCCUUCCUUUGUGGAUCAUACCGACUCCUCCACCCUGGAAUAUAUUCCUAGCCCAUCCUCACCAUCUCCACUUUCUCCUACAAUACCUGGAAGUGGUUCCUCCUCUCCCUUAGCGGCCUCACUUUGGACCUCUGCCCUGGCAAAGACCACAGACACGUUGGGCUCAAGCUUAGAUCCCGGAGCCCAUUCAUCUCCACAACUGAGCGAUACCACAGUUGAGAUACUGGCCACUUCUGAAGCCCCCACACACACAGAGGCAACACACCUGGCCAGCAACACCACUGUCAAUGUUGUGAGGAACACCAGUUCUGGACAAGAAACACGCUCCUUUGUGCCACCUAACACAGGGACAUCGGAAGUCACUUCUCCUGUGCUUACCUCUUCCAUCAUAUCCAAAACCCUUGUUUCCAUACCAAUGCCUGCCUCCAGAGCAACAACAGGGUUUGAGACAGAAUCCUCCUCCUCCAUGAUGCCUCAUCUGAAGAGAACCAGCACCUCUCAGCCAAUGAGCUCAGCCACAGAAACAUUCACCACCUCCCAAGUACCCACUGGGGGGUCUACUGACGUCUCUGGGAGAAAAGACAUCUCUAGUGGGACUUUCUAUUCUGGCCUGCCACAAUCCACGAUGACCCCAGACACACCCAUAGGAGCACCCAGGCCCUCUACAGCUCCCAUCAUUACAGAAGACGCAGAACUGAACCUCUCCUCACAAACAAGUCACCAGGGCGAUACAACACGGAAAACAACUCCCUUGGACUCAUCCACCACAGACUCCUUGGAGAGUACUCACUUGGCUGGGACUCAAACUCUUACACACUCAGAGGUGACCACUGACGUGAGCAGAGGUCCUGAGGAUGUGGCAAGCACCAGUCCUCUCCUUGAGGAAAACAGCAGCUCUUCUUCCCUGAAAUCACUUCCAAUCACAACUGCAUUGUCUCCCGGUCCUCCCGCAAUACAUGACAAUGGCUCCUCCUCUCCUUCUCUAGUCACCUCAGUUCAGACUUCUGGCUUGGUGAAGACCACAGACAUGUCGGGCACAAGCUUGGACCCUAGAGCCCAUUCGCCUCCUAACGUGAGCGACACCACAGUUGAGAUACUGGCCACUACUGGAGCCUCCACACAUGCAGAAACAAUUCACCUUUCCAAACACACAGCUGUGACCAGUGCGAGCACCAGUUCUGAACAAGAAACACAUUCCUCUGUCCCAGCGGACACAGAACUAUCCAGAGUAACUUCUCCAAUGGUUCCCACUUCCAUCGAGAGGGAAGCCUCAGUCUCCACAUCAAUGCCUGCCUCUUCUGAAUCUACACAGUUUGAGACGCAGACAGCACCCUCUAUGACCCCUAGACUGAUGAAGACCAGCACCUCCACGCACAUGACUUCGGCCACGGAGAAAAUCAGUGUCUUUACCCAAGUGCCCACUGAUGGUGCCACUGACGUGUCCAGGACAGAAGGCAUCUCCUCUAGCGGGACAUCCCAUGUUGCCCCAGCACAUUCCACGAUGACACCAGACACAGCCACAGGAACACCCGGGCUCUCUCCAUCCCUAAUCCUGACAGAAGCUUCACAAAUGAAUUUCUCCACACAAGCAGGUCACCAGGAGGAUGCAACACAGGGAACAGAUCCCUUGGGCACAUCAACAAUAUCCUCCUGGGACAUCACUCACUCGGCUGGGACUCAACUUUUAACACAAGCAGAAGUGACUCGCAUGAGCAGAGGUCUUGAGGAUGUGUCAAGGACAAGUCCUUCCUUUGUGGAUCAUACCGACUCCUCCACCCUGGAAUAUAUUCCUAGCCCAUCCUCACCAUCUCCACUUUCUCCUACAAUACCUGGAAGUGGUUCCUCCUCUCCCUUAGCGGCCUCACUUUGGACCUCUGCCCUGGCAAAGACCACAGACACGUUAGGCUCAAGCUUAGAUCCCGGAGCCCAUUCAUCUCCACAACUGAGCGAUACCACAGUUGAGAUACUGGCCACUUCUGAAGCCCCCACACACACAGAGGCAACACACCUGGCCAGCAACACCACUGUCAAUGUUGUGAGGAACACCAGUUCUGGACAAGAAACACGCUCCUUUGUGCCACCUAACACAGGGACAUCGGAAGUCACUUCUCCUGUGCUUACCUCUUCCAUCAUAUCCAAAACCCUUGUUUCCAUACCAAUGCCUGCCUCCAGAGCAACAACAGGGUUUGAGACAGAGUCCUCCUCCUCCAUGAUGCCUCAUCUGAAGAGAACCAGCACCUCUCAGCCAAUGAGCUCAGCCACAGAAACAUUCACCACCUCCCAAGUACCCACUGGGGGGUCUACUGACGUCUCUGGGAGAAAAGACAUCUCUAGUGGGACUUUCUAUUCUGGCCUGCCACAAUCCACGAUGACCCCAGACACACCCAUAGGAGCACCCAGGCCCUCUACAGCUCCCAUCAUUACAGAAGACGCAGAACUGAACCUCUCCUCACAAACAAGUCACCAGGGCGAUACAACACGGAAAACAACUCCCUUGGACUCAUCCACCACAGACUCCUUGGAGAGUACUCACUUGGCUGGGACUCAAACUCUUACACACUCAGAGGUGACCACUGACGUGAGCAGAGGUCCUGAGGAUGUGGCAAGCACCAGUCCUCUCCUUGAGGAAAACAGCAGCUCUUCUUCCUUGAAAUCACUUCCAAUCACAACUGAGUUGUCUCCCGGUCCUCCCGCAAUACAUGACAAUGGCUCCUCCUCUCCUUCUCUAGUCACCUCAGUUCAGACUUCUGGCUUGGUGAAGACCACAGACAUGUCGGGCACAAGCUUGGACCCUAGAGCCCAUUCGCCUCCUAACGUGAGCGACACCACAGUUGAGAUACUGGCCACUGUUCGAGCCUCCACACAUGCAGAAACAAUUCACCUUUCCAAACACACAGCUGUGACCAGUGUGAGCACCAGUUCUGAACAAGAAACACAUUCCUCUGUCCCAGCGGACACAGAAAUAUCCAGAGUCACUUCUCCAGUGGUUACCACUUCCAUCAAGAGGGAAGCCUCAGUCUCCACAUCAAUGCCUGCCUCUUCUGAAUCUACACGGUUUGAGAAACAGUCAGCACCCUCUAUGACCCCUAGACUGAUGAAGACCAGCACCUCCACGCACAUGACUUCGGCCACGGAGAAAAUCAGUGUCUUUACCCAAGUGCCCACUGAUGGUGCCACUGACGUGUCCAGGACAGAAGACAUCUCCUCUAGCGGGACAUCCCAUGUUGCCCCAGCACAUUCCACGAUGACACCAGACACAGCCACAGGAACACCCGGGCUCUCUCCAUCCCUAAUCCUGACAGAAGCUUCACAAAUGAAUUUCUCCACACAAGCAGGUCACCAGGAGGAUGCAACACAGGGAACAGAUCCCUUGGGCACAUCAACAACAUCCUCCUGGGACGUCACUCUCUCGGCUGGGACUCAACUUUUAACACAAGCAGAGGUGACUCGCAUGAGCAGAGGUCUUGAGGAUGUGUCAAGGACAAGUCCUUCCUUUGUGGAUCAUACCGACUCCUCCACCCUGGAAUAUGUUCCUAGCCCAUCCUCACCAUCUCCACUUUCUCCUACAAUACCUGGAAGUGGUUCCUCCUCUCCCUUAGCGGCCUCACUUUGGACCUCUGCCCUGGCAAAGACCACAGACACGUUAGGCUCAAGCUUAGAUCCCGGAGCCCAUUCAUCUCCACAACUGAGCGAUACCACAGGUGAGAUACUGGGCACUUCUGAAGCACACCCACACACAGAGGCAACACACCUGGCCAGGAACACCACUGUCAAUGGUGUGAGGAACACCAGUUCUGGACAAGAAACACGGUCCUUUGUCCCACCUAACACAGGGACAUCGGAAGUCACUUCUCCUGUGCUUACCUCUUCCAUCAUAUCCAAAACCCUUGUUUCCAUACCAAUGCCUGCCUCUAGAGCAACAACAGGGUUUGAGACAGAGUCAUCCUCCUCCAUGAUGCCUGAUCUGAGGAGAACCAGCACCUCUCAGCCAAUGAGCUCAGCCACAGAAACAUUCACCACCUCCCAAGUACCCACUGGGGGGUCUACUGACGUCUCUGGGAGAAAAGACAUCUCUAGUGGGACUUUCUAUUCUGGCCUGCCACAAUCCACGAUGACCCCAGACACACCCAUAGGAGCACCCAGACCCUCUACAGCUCCCAUUGUUACAGAAGACGCAGAACUGAACUUCUCCUCACAAACAAGUCACCAGGGCGAUACAACAUGGAAAACAACUCUCUUGGACUCAUCCACAACAGACUCCUUGGAGAGUACUCACUUGGCUGGGACUCAAACUCUUACACACUCAGAGGUGAUCACUGAUGUGAGCAAAGGUCCUGAGGAUGUGGCAAGCACCAGUCCUCUCCUUGAGGAAAACAGCAGCUCUUCUUCCUUGAAAUCACUUCCAAUCACAAAUGCUUUGUCUUCCGGUCCUCCCAUAAAACAUGACAAUGGCUCCUCCUCUCCAUCUCUAGUCACCUCAGUUCAGAUUUCUGGCUUGGUGAAGUCCACAGACAUGUCGGGCACAAGCUUGGACCCUAGAGCCCAUUCGCCUCCUAACGUGAGCGACACCACAGUUGAGAUACUGGCCACUACUGGAGCCUCCACACAUGCAGAAACAAUUCACCAUUCCAAACACACAGCUGUGACCAGUGCGAGCACCAGUUCUGAACAAGAAACACAUUCCUCUGUCCCAGCAGACACAGAACUAUCCAGAGUCACUUCUCCAGUGGUUACCACUUCCAUCGAGAGGGAAGCCUCAGUCUCCACUUCAAUGACUGCCUCUUCUGAAUCUACACCGUUUGAGACACAGUCAGCACCCUCUAUGACCCCUAGACUGAUGAAGACCAGCACCUCCACGUACAUGACUUCGGCCACAGAGAAAAUCAGUGUCUUUACCCAAGUGCCCACUGAUGGUGCCACUGACGUGUCCAGGACAGAAGGCAUCUCCUCUAGCGGGACAUCCCAUGUUGCCCCAGCACAUUCCACGAUGACACCAGACACAGCCACAGGAACACCCGGGCUCUCUCCAUCCCUAAUCCUGACAGAAGCUUCACAAAUGAAUUUCUCCACACAAGCAGGUCACCAGGAGGAUGCAACACAGGGAACAGAUCCCUUGGGCACAUCAAGAACAUCCUCCUGGGACGUCACUCUCUCGGCUGGGACUCAACUUUUAACACAAGCAGAGGUGACUCGCAUGAGCAGAGGUCUUGAGGAUGUGUCAAGGACAAGUCCUUCCUUUGUGGAUCAUACCAACUCCUCCACCCUGGAAUAUGUUCCUAGCCCAUCCUCACCAUCUCCACUUUCUCCUACAAUACCUGGAAGUGGUUCCUCCUCUCCCUUAGCGGCCUCACUUUGGACCUCUGCCCUGGCAAAGACCACAGACACGUUAGGCUCAAGCUUAGAUCCCGGAGCCCAUUCAUCUCCACAACUGAGCGAUACCACAGGUGAGAUCCUGGGCACUUCUGAAGCACACCCACACACAGAGGCAACACACCUGGCCAGGAACACCACUGUCAAUGGUGUGAGGAACACCAGUUCUGGACAAGAAACACGGUCCUUUGUCCCACCUAACACAGGGACAUCGGAAGUCACUUCUCCUGUGCUUACCUCUUCCAUCAUAUCCAAAACCCUUGUUUCCAUACCAAUGCCUGCCUCCAGAGCAACAACAGGGUUUGAGACAGAGUCAUCCUCCUCCAUGAUGCCUGAUCUGAGGAGAACCAGCACCUCUCAGCCAAUGAGCUCAGCCACAGAAACAUUCACCACCUCCCAAGUACCCACUGGGGGGUCUACUGACGUCUCUGGGAGAAAAGACAUCUCUAGUGGGACUUUCUAUUCUGGCCUGCCACAAUCCACGAUGACCCCAGACACACCCAUAGGAGCACCCAGAACCACUACAGCUCCCAUUGUUACAGAAGACGCAGAACUGAACUUCUCCUCACAAACAAGUCACCAGGGCGAUACAACAUGGAAAACAACUCUCUUGGACUCAUCCACAACAGACUCCUUGGAGAGUACUCACUUGGCUGGGACUCAAACUCUUACACACUCAGAGGUGAUCACUGACGUGAGCAAAGGUCCUGAGGAUGUGGAAAGCACCAGUCCUCUCCUUGAGGAGAACAGCAGCUCUUCUUCCUUGAAAUCACUUCCAAUCACAAAUGCUUUGUCUUCCGGUCCUCCCAUAAAACAUGACAAUGGCUCCUCCUCUCCUUCUCUAGUCACCUCAGUUCAGACUUCUGGCUUGGUGAAGUCCACAGACAUGUCGGGCACAAGCUUGGACCCUAGAGCCCAUUCGCCUCCUAACGUGAGCGACACCACAGUUGAGAUACUGGCCACUACUGGAGCCUCCACACAUGCAGAAACAAUUCACCUUUCCAAACACACAGCUGUGACCAGUGCGAGCACCAGUUCUGAACAAGAAACACAUUCCUCUGUCCCAGCGGACACAGAACUAUCCAGAGUCACUUCUCCAAUGGUUCCCACUUCCAUCGAGAGGGAAGCCUCAGUCUCCACUUCAAUGACUGCCUCUUCUGAAUCUACACCGUUUGAGACACAGUCAGCACCCUCUAUGACACCUAGACUGAUGAAGACCAGCACCUCCACGCACAUGACUUCGGCCACGGAGAAAAUCAGUGUCUUUACCCAAGUGCCCACUGAUGGUGCCACUGACGUGUCCAGGACAGAAGGCAUCUCCUCUAGCGGGACAUCCCAUGUUGCCCCAGCACAUUCCACGAUGACACCAGACACAGCCACAGGAACACCCGGGCUCUCUCCAUCCCUAAUCCUGACAGAAGCUUCACAAAUGAAUUUCUCCACACAAGCAGGUCACCAGGAGGAUGCAACACAGGGAACAGAUCCCUUGGGCACAUCAAGAACAUCCUCCUGGGACGUCACUCACUCGGCUGGGACUCAACUUUUAACACAAGCAGAGGUGACUCGCAUGAGCAGAGGUCUUGAGGAUGUGUCAAGGACAAGUCCUUCCUUUGUGGAUCAUACCGACUCCUCCACCCUGGAAUAUGUUCCUAGCCCAUCCUCACCAUCUCCACUUUCUCCUACAAUACCUGGAAGUGGUUCCUCCUCUCCCUUAGCGGCCUCACUUUGGACCUCUGCCCUGGCAAAGACCACAGACACGUUAGGCUCAAGCUUAGAUCCCGGAGCCCAUUCAUCUCCACAACUGAGCGAUACCACAGGUGAGAUCCUGGGCACUUCUGAAGCACACCCACACACGGAGGCAACACACCUGGCCAGGAACACCACUGUCAAUGGUGUGAGGAACACCAGUUCUGGACAAGAAACACGGUCCUUUGUCCCACCUAACACAGGGACAUCGGAAGUCACUUCUCCUGUGCUUACCUCCUCCAUCAUAUCCAAAACCCUUGUUUCCAUACCAAUGCCUGCCUCCAGAGCAACAACAGGGUUUGAGACAGAGUCAUCCUCCUCCAUGAUGCCUGAUCUGAGGAGAACCAGCACCUCUCAGCCAAUGAUCUCAGCCACAGAAACAUUCACCACCUCCCAAGUACCCACUGGGGGGUCUACUGACGUCUCUGGGAGAAAAGACAUCUCUAGUGGGACUUUCUAUUCUGGCCUGCCACAAUCCACGAUGACCCCAGACACACCCAUAGGAGCACCCAGACCCUCUACAGCUCCCAUUGUUACAGAAGACGCAGAACUGAACUUCUCCUCACAAACAAGUCACCAGGGCGAUACAACAUGGAAAACAACUCUCUUGGACUCAUCCACAACAGACUCCUUGGAGAGUACUCACUUGGCUGGGACUCAAACUCUUACACACUCAGAGGUGAUCACUGAUGUGAGCAAAGGUCCUGAGGAUGUGGAAAGCACCAGUCCUCUCCUUGAGGAAAACAGCAGCUCUUCUUCCUUGAAAUCACUUCCAAUCACAAAUGCUUUGUCUUCCGGUCCUCCCAUAAAACAUGACAAUGGCUCCUCCUCUCCUUCUCUAGUCACCUCAGUUCAGACUUCUGGCUUGGUGAAGUCCACAGACAUGUCGGGCACAAGCUUGGACCCUAGAGCCCAUUCGCCUCCUAACGUGAGCGACACCACAGUUGAGAUACUGGCCACUACUGGAGCCUCCACACAUGCAGAAACAAUUCACCUUUCCAAACACACAGCUGUGACCAGUGCGAGCACCAGUUCUGAACAAGAAACACAUUCCUCUGUCCCAGCGGACACAGAACUAUCCAGAGUAACUUCUCCAAUGGUUCCCACUUCCAUCGAGAGGGAAGCCUCAGUCUCCACUUCAAUGACUGCCUCUUCUGAAUCUACACCGUUUGAGACACAGUCAGCACCCUCUAUGACACCUAGACUGAUGAAAACCAGCACCUCCACGCACAUGACUUCGGCCACGGAGAAAAUCAGUGUCUUUACCCAAGUGCCCACUGAUGGUGCCACUGACGUGUCCAGGACAGAAGGCAUCUCCUCUAGCGGGACAUCCCAUGUUGCCCCAGCACAUUCCACGAUGACACCAGACACAGCUACAGGAACACCCGGGCUCUCUCCAUCCCUAAUCCUGACAGAAGCUUCACAAAUGAAUUUCUCCACACAAGCAGGUCACCAGGAGGAUGCAACACAGGGAACAGAUCCCUUGGGCACAUCAACAACAUCCUCCUGGGACGUCACUCACUCGGCUGGGACUCAACUUUUAACACAAGCAGAGGUGACUCGCAUGAGCAGAGGUCUUGAGGAUGUGUCAAGGACAAGUCCUUCCUUUGUGGAUCAUACCGACUCCUCCACCCUGGAAUAUGUUCCUAGCCCAUCCUCACCAUCUCCACUUUCUCCUACAAUACCUGGAAGUGGUUCCUCCUCUCCCUUAGCGGCCUCACUUUGGACCUCUGCCCUGGCAAAGACCACAGACACGUUAGGCUCAAGCUUAGAUCCCGGAGCCCAUUCAUCUCCACAACUGAGCGAUACCACAGUUGAGAUACUGGCCACUUCUGAAGCCCCCCCACACACAGAGGCAACACACCUGGCCAGCAACACCACUGUCAAUGGUGUGAGGAACACCAGUUCUGGACAAGAAACACGCUCCUUUGUCCCACCUAACACAGGGACAUCGGAAGUCACUUCUCCUGUGCUUACCUCUUCCAUCAUAUCCAAAACCCUUGUUUCCAUACCAAUGCCUGCCUCCAGAGCAACAACAGGGUUUGAGACAGAAUCCUCCUCCUCCAUGAUGCCUCAUCUGAAGAGAACCAGCACCUCUCAGCCAAUGAGCUCAGCCACAGAAACAUUCACCACCUCCCAAGUACCCACUCGGGGGUCUACUGAGGUCUCUGGGAGAAAAGACAUCUCUAGUGGGACUUUCUAUUCUGGCCUGCCACAAUCCACGAUGACCCCAGACACACCCAUAGGAGCACCCAGGCCCUCUACAGCUCCCAUCAUUACAGAAGACGCAGAACUGAACCUCUCCUCACAAACAAGUCACCAGGGCGAUACAACACGGAAAACAACUCCCUUGGACUCAUCCACCACAGACUCCUUGGAGAGUACUCACUUGGCUGGGACUCAAACUCUUACACACUCAGAGGUGACCACUGACAUGAGCAGAGGUCCUGAGGAUGUGGCAAGCACCAGUCCUUUCCUUGAGGAAAACAGCAGCUCUUCUUCACUGAAAUCACUUCCAAUCACAAAUGCUUUGUCUUCCGGUCCUCCCAUAAAACAUGACAAUGGCUCCUCCUCUCCUUCUCUAGUCACCUCAGUUCAUACUUCUGGCUUGGUGAAGUCCACAGACAUGUCGGGCACAAGCUUGGACCCCAGAGCCCAUUCGCCUCCUAACGUGAGCGACACCACAGUUGAGAUACUGGCCACUACUGGAGCCUCCACACAUGCAGAAACAAUUCACCUUUCCAAACACACAGCUGUGACCAGUGCGAGCACCAGUUCUGAACAAGAAACACAUUCCUCUGUCCCAGCGGACACAGAAAUAUCCAGAGUCACUUCUCCAGUGGUUACCACUUCCAUCGAGAGGGAAGCCUCAGUCUCCACUUCAAUGCCUGCCUCUUCUGAAUCUACACGGUUUGAGACACAGUCAGCACCCUCUAUGACCCCUAGACUGAUGAAGACCAGCACCUCCACGCACAUGACUUCGGCCACGGAGAAAAUCAGUGUCUUUACCCAAGUGCCCACUGAUGGUGCCACUGACGUGUCCAGGACAGAAGGCAUCUCCUCUAGCGGGACAUCCCAUGUUGCCCCAGCACAUUCCACGAUGACACCAGACACAGCCACAGGAACACCCAGGCUCUCUCCAUCCCUAAUCCUGACAGAAGCUUCACAAAUGAAUUUCUCCACACAAGCAGGUCACCAGGAGGAUGCAACACAGGGAACAGAUCCCUUGGGCACAUCAACAACAUCCUCCUGGGACGUCACUCACUCGGCUGGGACUCAACUUUUAACACAAGGAGAGGUGACUCGCAUGAGCAGAGGUCUUGAGGAUGUGUCAAGGACAAGUCCUUCCUUUGUGGAUCAUACCGACUCCUCCACCCUGGAAUAUGUUCCUAGCCCAUCCUCACCAUCUCCACUUUCUCCUACAAUACCUGGAAGUGGUUCCUCCUCUCCCUUAGCGGCCUCACUUUGGACCUCUGCCCUGGCAAAGACCACAGACAUCUUAGGCUCAAGCUUAGAUCCCGGAGCCCAUUCAUCUCCACAACUGAGCGAUACCACAGGUGAGAUACUGGGCACUUCUGAAGCACACCCACACACAGAGGCAACACACCUGGCCAGGAACACCACUGUCAAUGGUGUGAGGAACACCAGUUCUGGACAAGAAACACGCUCCUUUGUCCCACCUAACACAGGGACAUCGGAAGUCACUUCUCCUGUGCUUACCUCUUCCAUCAUAUCCAAAACCCUUGUUUCCAUACCAAUGCCUGCCUCUAGAGCAACAACAGGGUUUGAGACAGAGUCAUCCUCCACCAUGAUGCCUGAUCUGAGGAGAACCAGCACCUCUCAGCCAAUGAGCUCAGCCACGGAAAUAUUCACCACCUCCCAAGUACCCACUGGGGGGUCUACUGACGUCUCUGGGAGAAAAGACAUCUCCUCUAGUGGGACAUUGUAUUCUGGCCUGCCACAAUCCACGAUGACCCCAGACACACCCAUAGGAGCACCCAGGCCCUCUACAGCUCCCAUCAUUGCAGAAGACAAAGAAAUGAACUUCUCCUCACAAACAAGUCACCAGGGUGAUACAACACGGAAAACAACUCCCUUGGACACAUCCACAACAGACUCCUUGGAGAGUACUCACUUGGAUGGGACUCAAACUCUUACACACUCAGAGGUGAUCACUGACGUGAGCAGAGGUCCUGAGGAUAUGGAAAGCACCAGUCCUCUCCUUGAGGAAAACAGCAGCUCUUCUUCCCUGAAAUCACUUCCAAUCACAACUGCGUUGUCUCCCAGUCCUCCCACAAUACAUGACAAUGGCUCCUCCUCUCCUUCUCUAGUCACCUCAGUUCAGACUUCUGGCUUGGUGAAGACCACAGACAUGUCGGGCACAAGCUUGGACCCUAGAGCUCAUUCACCUCCUAACGUGAGCGACACCACAGUUGAGAUACUGGCCACUGCUGGAGCCUCCACACAUGCAGAAUCAAUUCACCCUUCCAUGCACAGAGCUGUGACUAAUGUGGGCACCAGUUUUCGACAGGAAACACUUUCCCCUGUUCCAGUCCAUUCUGAGUUUUCCUCUUUCAUGUAUCCUAUGGAGACGGCAUCUGUCUUAUUUGAGAGUUCAGUUUCCACAUCCAUGCCUGUGUCUUUUACCUCCACAAUAGCUGAGAAAGUAUCACUUUUUCCUCUUACUUCUGACCUGAAGCUUACCAGCCUGGACUUGGAGUUCAGCUCAGCUACACCCACUGAAAUUCUUCUACCUUCUCAGUCUACUCAUAUUUUGAAGAGUUCUCAUACCGGUGAUAGAGAUAUUCUCUCAUCAGCUGAGACUUUUGUGACUGAAACAUUGACACCUUUGUCAGACGCUAUGUCUUCCUUUGCCACAACAGAAUUUCCAGGUGUCAGCUCAGUUGUCUCAUCACUUAGUGAGUUUUCUAGAACAGAAUUAGCCCCUGGAUAUGCUUCUAAACCCACCAUUACAAGAAGCCUACCUCCAUCUGCUUCAACAUCAUUUCCCUCUUUAACCUUCAUUACCACUGACUCCUCAACCACCCCAGCCCUUAGUGGUAUUACUUCCUCCCCAAUCACCCCUCAUAUAGUAGACACCACCCUUGGGAGAGAGAUUAGUACUGCUGAUGGAUCCUUGGUUAUGGUCAGUAGUCUGGGAACUUCUACCCAGCCAGUCAAGGCAUCUUUAUCACCCAUUAUGGAUACUAGAAUAACAGAGAAUAUUGACUUGGAAACAGUGGCAAGUGCUUCUGAAGUUUCUCCACGCUCAACACCAUUGACAAGUAAGAACCCAGGACUACCAACAGGAGGGACAAAGAGGGCACAGACCACCACUAGAGCGACUUGGACCACAGGAGUCUCUAUUUCUACUUUGGGAAUACUGACUCUCAAGACAUCAGGUAAAACAGCCAGCACAAGCACAACAGGAGUGAUCAUCACACCAGAUAUUUCCCCUGAUGUUAUGGAGAAGACUGCCUCUUUGGCCACCAGACCUGGAGCAGAGACCAGCACAGCAGUUUUCAAGACAACCCCAUCCAUAUUCAGUCAAAGAUCAUUGACCAUCCCUGCACUGGUCUUUAGUUCUGGAGCAGAGACCAGUACAGCUGUUCCAACUCUGACUGUUUUCUUUGGUGAGCCAGAGGCCACAACAUCAUGGGUCACCUAUCCUGUGGAGACCAGCCCAACUAUUUCCAGAACACCCCUGAAUGUUUUCCAUAGUGAAUCAGAUAUGACACCUGCAAUGGCUACCAGUUCUGUGGAUGAAGUCAGUUUAACUAUUUCAACUUCAACUGUCACACCUGGUGUACUGGGAAUGGUGACCUCACAGAUUAUUAGUCCUGGGACAGAAGCAAGCAUGUUUAUGUCAACUCUGACUGGUUCUCCAGAUGAAUCAGAGACUACAGCCCCAUGGGUCACAGCACAGAGCAAUUCAACUAUUGCAACUUCAGCUGUCUCCCCUAGUAUGCCAGGGUUGGUGACAUCACUAGAUACUAGUUCUGCAGCAGAGAACAGCCCAGCUGCUCAGACUCUGACCGAGUCCCCUGGAGCAGAAAUUACACAGAUCACCAGUUCUACAGCAGAGACUAGUACAACCUUUUCAACUCUGACUAAUUCCCCACAUGAACCAGAGACAACAGACUCAUGGGUAACCCAUCCUAAAGCAGAAGCCAGUUCCACUGUUCCCAAAACAACCCUUAGUGUUUCCCAUAGUGAAUUAGACAGCACAGUCUCAAUGGCCACCAGUCCUGGGGCAGAAUUCAGUUCAAGUGUGCCAGCUAGGACUGUCUCAAUUGGUGUAUCAGAGGUGGUAACCUCCCAGGCUACUAGUUCUGGGGCAGAUAUAAACACAACUUUUCCAUCUUUGACUAAUUCACAAGAUCAUCUGAAGACCACAGACUCAUGGGUCACCCAACCUGAAACAGAAGCCAGGUCAGCUUUUCCAAAUCUGACUGUGACCCCUAGUGAACCAGAUAUAACGGUUUCCAAGGUCAUCCAUUCUUCAGAGACCAGUCCAAUUGUUUCCCAAACAGUUUUCAAUGUUUUACAUAAUGAAUUGGAUAGCACAAUCACAAUGGCCACCAGUCCUGGGGCAGAAUUCAGUACAAGUGUUCCAGCUAAGAUGGUCUUUCCUGGUGUACCAGGGCUGGUGACCUCGAAUGCUGCUAGUUCUGGAGCAGACACCAGCACAGCUUUUACAACUCUGACAACUGGUCAACUGGACACUACACCUUCUUGGACCACCCAAUAUAGGGCAGAAGUCAGUUCAGCUGUUUCAAUUCUGACUGAUUCCUCUGGUAAGUCAGACACAACAGUCUUAUUGGUCACCCAUCCUGCAGAGACCAGCCUAACAGUUUCCAAAACAUCUCCCAGUGUUUUCCAUAGUGAAUCAGAAUCUAUAUCCACAGUGGCCACAGUGGCCACUGACUUUGAGACAGAAGCCAGUUCAGCUGUUUCACCUGUGACUGUCUCUCCUGGUAUACCAGAUACAACAGUUCCCACAAUAAUCCACCCUUCAGAGAAAAGCCCAAUUGUUUCUCAAACAACUUUCAAAGUUUCCUCUAGUGAAUUAAACAGCAAAAUCUCAAUGGCCACCAGUCCUAGGGCAGAAUCUAGUUCAACACUUUUAGCUAGGAGUAUUUCACCUGGUGUACCAGAGGUAGUGACCUCACAAGCCACUAGUUCUGAGGCAGAGACCAGCACAACUUUUCCAGCUUUGACUAAUUCACAAGAUCACCUGGAAACCACAGCCUCAUGGGUCACUCAACCUGAAACAAAAGCCAGGUCAGCUGUUCCAACUCUGACUAUUUCCCCUGGUGAACAAGAUACAACAUUUUCCAUAGCCACCCAAACUUCAGAGACCAGACCAGUUGUUUCCCAAACAACAUUCAACGUUUUCCCUAGUGUAAUGGACAACACAAUCUCAGUGGCCACCAGUCCUGGGGCAGAAUUCAGUUCAAGUGUGCCAGCUAGGAUUGUAUCUCCCGGUGUACCAGGGGUGGUGACCUCACAUGCUACCAGCAAAGCUUUUCCAAUUUUUACAAUUGCCCCAGAUGAACUGGAGACCACACCCUCUUGGACGACCCAAUAUAGGGCAGAAUUCAGUUCAGCUGUUCCAAUUCUGACUGAUUCCUCUGGUAAGCCAGACAUAACAGUCUUAUUGGUCACCCAUCCUGCAGAGACCAUCUCAACAGUGUCCAAGACAAUGCCCAUUUUCCCCCAUAGUGUAUUAGACAGCAAAGCUUCAUCAGUCACCAGCCCUGGGACAGAAGCCAAUUCAGCUUUUCCAACUGUGACUGUUUCUCCUGGUGUACCAGAUUUGAUAACCUCACAGGUCAGUAGCACUGAUACAGCCAGUACAUCCAUUCCAAGUCUGACUCUUUCUCCUGGUGAACCAACAACCUCAGCUUCAUUGACCACUCAUCCUGGGGUAAAGACAAGUUCAGCUAUUCCACCUCCAACUGUUUCUUCUACUGUGUCAGGGCUUGUGACCUCACUGGUCACAAUUUCUGGGGCAGAGACCAAUACAAGUUUUCCAACUCUGACUGAUUCCCCAUAUGAACCAGAGACCACAGCCUCAUUGGUCACGCAUCCUAAGACAGAAGCCAGUUCCAUUGUUCCGACUUUAACUAUCUCCCAUAAUGUGGUAAGCUCAUUGGUUACUAGUACUGGAGCAGAAACAAGUACAACUGUUCCAACUCUGACUGUAUCCCCUGGCCAACCAGACACCACAAUCUCAAUGGCUACCAGUCCUGAGUCAGAAUACAGUUUAAAUGUUCCAUUUGUGACUGGUUCACAUGGUGUACCAAUGGUGGUGAUUUCACAGGCUACUAGUUCUAGGGCAGAGACAAGAACAACUUUUAAAACUUUGACUAAUUCACAAGAUCAUCUGGAGACUACAGCCUCAUUGGUCACUCAACCUGAAACAGAAGCCAGGUCAGCUCUUCCAAAUCUGACUGUGUCCCCUGGUGAGUCAAAUACAACAAACUUAUUGGUCAUUCAUCCUGCAGUCACCAGCCUACAAGUUCCCAAAUCAACCCACAAUAUUUCCCAUCCUGAAUUAGGCAGCACAAUCUCAAUUGCCACCAGUCCUGGGGCAGAAUCCAGUUCAAGUGUUACAGCAGAGACUGUCUCACCUGGCUUACCAGGGGUGGUGACUUCACAGGCUACUAGUUCUGGGGCAGAGACCAGCACAACCUUUUCAACAUUGACUAAUUCCCAAGAUUUUCUGGAGACCGCAGCCUCAUGGGUCACCCAUCCUGAAACAGAAGCCAGUUCAGCUGUUCCAACUCUCACUAUGUCCUCUGCUGAACCAGAUACAACAGUUUUUAUAGCCACCCAUCUUUCAGAAACCAGCCCAAUUGUUUCCCAAACAACUUUCAAUGAUUCCCUUAGUGAACUGGACACCACAAUCUCAAUGGCCACCAGUCCUGAGGCAGAAUUUAGUUCAACUCUUCCAGCUAGGACUGUGUCACCUGGUGUACCAAAGCUGGUGUCCUCACAGGCCACUAGUUCUGUGGCAGAGACCAGCACAUCUUUUCCAACCUGGACUAAUUCCCAAGAUAAUCUAGAGACCCAAGCCUCAUGGGUCACCCAACCUAAAGCAGAAUUCAGGUCAGCUCUUCCAACUCUGACUGUGUCUUCCGGGGAGCAGAACACAACAGUCUUAUUAGUCACUCACCCUCCAGAGACCACUCUAGCAGUUCCCAAAAUAACCCACAAUGUUUUCCACCGUGAGUUAGGCAGCACAGUCUCAAUGGCCACCAGUCCUGAAGCAGAGUCGACUUCAAGUUUUCCAGCUGGGACGCUCUCAUCUGGUUUACCAGGUGUGGUGACUUCACAGGCUACUAGUUCUGAAGCAGAGAGCAGCACAACCUUUCCAACUUGGACUAAUUCACAAGAUCAUCUGGAGACUACAGCCUCAUGGGUCACUCAACCUGAAAGAGAAGCCAGGCCAAUGGUUCCAACUCUGACUAUGUCCCCCGGUGAACCAGAUAAAACAGUUUACAUAACCACACAUAUUUCAGAGGCCAUCGUUUUCCAAAAACCUUUCAAUGUUUCCUCCAGCGAAUUGGACAACACAAUUUCAAUUACCACUAGUCCUAGGGCAGAAUACAGUUCAAAUGUUCCAACCAGGACUGUCUCGCCUGGUUUACCAGGAGUAGUGAUUUCACAGACUUCUAGUUCUGUUACAGAGACCAGCACAACUUUCCCAACUUUGACUAAUUCAGAAGAUCAUCUGGAAACUACAGCCUCAUUGGUAUCCCAAUCUGAAACAGAAGCCAGGUCAGCUGUUCCAACUCUAACUGUGUCCCCUGGGAAUCCUGAUACAACAGUCAUAUUGGUCACUCAUUCUGCAGAGACCACCCUAGCAGUUCCUAAAACAACCCACAAUGGUUCCCACCGUGAAUUAGGUAGCACAGUCUCAAUGGCCACCAGUCUUGUGGUAGAGUCUAGUUCAAGUGUUCCAGCUGAGACUGUCUCACCUGGUUUACCAGGUGUGGUGACUUCACAGGCUACUACUUCUGAGGCAGAGAUCAACACAACCUUUCCAACUUGGACUAAUUUACAAAAUCACCUAAAGACUACAGCCUCAUGGGUCACCCAACCUGAAACAGAAGCCAGGUCAGCAGUUCCAACUCUGACUGUAUCCCCUGGUGAACCAGAUAAAACAGUUUACAUUGCCACCCAUCUUUCAGAGACCAGCUCAAUCAUUUCCCAAACAACCUUUACUGUUUCCCCUAGUGAAUUGGACAGCACAAGCUCAAUGCCCACCAGUCCAACUCUUCCAGCUAGGACUCUCUCACCUGGUGUACCAAAAGUGGUGACUUUACAGGCCACUAGUCCUAGGACAGACACCAGAACUACUUUUCUAAAUUUAACUAAUUCACAAAAUUAUCUGGAGACUACAGCCUCAUGGGUCACACAACCUGAAACAAGAUCCAGGACAGCUCUUCCAAAUCUGACUGUGUCCCCUGGUGAGCCAGAUACAGCAAUCUUAUUGGCCACCAAUCCUGCAGAGACCACCGUAGCAUUUCCCAAAACAACCUUCAGUGAUUCCCAUCGUGAAUUAGGCAGCACAGUCUCAAUGGCCACCAGUCCUGGGGCAGACUCCAAUUUUAGUGUUCCAUCAGGGACUGUCUCACCUGGUUUAUCAGAAGUGGUAACUUCACAGGCUACUAGUUCUGAGGCAGAGAUCAACACAACCUUUCCAACUUGGACUAAUUCACAAAAUUAUCUGGAGACUACAGCCUCAUUGGUAACCCAGUCUGAAACAAAAGCCAGGUCAGCUGUUCCAACUCUAACUGUGUCCCUUGUGGAACCUGAUACAACAGUCUUAUUGGUCACCCAUUCUGCUGAGACCACCCUAGCAUUUCCCAAAACAACCUACAAUGUUUCCCACCAUAAAUUAAGCAGCACAGUUUCAAUGGCCACCAGUCCUGUGGUAGAGUCCACUUCAAGUGUUCCAGCUGGGAGUGUCUCACCUGGUUUACCAGGUGUGGUGACUUCACAGGCUACUAGUUCUGAAACAGAGACAGAGACCAGCACAACCUUUCCAACUUUGAUUAAUUCACUAAAUCCCCUGGAGUCUACAGCCUCAUUGAUCCCCCAACCUGAAACUGAUGCCUGGUCAGCUGUUCCAACUCUGACUGUAUCCCCUGGUGAACCAGAUAGAACAGUUUACAUAACUACCCAUCCUCCAAAGGCCAACCCAAUAGUUUCCCAAACAACUUUCAGUGUUUCCUCUAGAGAUUUGGACACCAUAAUCUCAAUGUCCACUAGUCCAGGGGCUGCCUUUAGUUCAAAUGCUCCAGCUGUGACUGUCUCACCUGGUUUACCAGGGAUGGUGACUUCACAGGAUACUAGUUCUGGGACAGAGAUCAGCACAACUUUUCCAGCUUUGACUAAUUCCCAAGAUCAUCUGGAGACCACAUCCUUAUGGGUCACCCAACCUGAAACAGAAACCAGAUCAGCAGUUCCAACUCUGACUGUGUCUCCUGGUAAACCAGAUACAACAGUUUACAUCACCACCCAUCUUUCAGAUGCCAGCCCAAUUGUUUCCCAAACAACUUUCAAUAUUUCUCCUAGUGAAUUGGACACCACAAUCUCAAUGGCUACCAGUCCUGGGGCAGAAUCCAGUUCAACUCUUCCAGCUGUGACUGUCUCAAGUGGUUUACCAGGGGUGGUGACUUCACAGGCUACUAGUUCUGAGGCAGAGGCCAGCACAACUUUUCUAACCUUGAAUAAUUCCCAAGAUUAUCUGGAGACCACAGCCUCAUGGGUCACCCAACCUGAAACAGAAGCCAGGUCAGCUGUUCCAACUCUGACUGUGUCCCUUCCGGAACCAGAUACAACAGUCUUAUUGGUCACCGAUCAUGCAGUCACCAGCCUAACAGUUCCCAAAACAACCCUGAAGGUUUUCCAUCAUGGAUUAGGCAGCACUGUCUCAAUAGCAACCAGUCCUGGAGCAGAGUCUGGUUCAAGUGUUCCAGCUGGAACUGUCUCACCUGCCUUACCAACUGUGGUGACUUCACUGGAUACUAGUUCUGAGGCAGAAACCAGCACAGCUUUUUCAAGUUUGACUAAUUCCCAAGAUCACCUGAAGAAUACAGCCUCAUUGAUCACUCAAUCUGAAACAGUAGCCAGGUCAGUGCUUCCAACUCUGACUAUGUCUCCUGGUGAACCAGAUACAACACUUUAUAUCACCACCCAUCCUUCAGAGACCAGCCCAAUUUUUUCCCAAACAACUUUCAAUGUUUCCCUUAGUGAAUUGGACACCACAAUCUCAACAGCCACCAGUCCUGGGCCUGAAUCCAGUGCAACUCUUCCAGCUAGAACUGUCUCACCUGCUGUACCAAAGGUGGUGACCUCACAGGCCACUAGUUCUGGGGUGCAUACCAGCACAUCUUUUUCAACCUUGACUAAUUUCCAAGAUCAUCUAGAGACCACAGCCUCAUGGCUCAUGCAACCUGAAAGAGAAGCCAGGUCAGCUGUUCCAACUCUGACUGUGUCCCCCAGUGAACCAGAUACAACAUUUUUUAUAACCACCCAUACUUCAGAGAACAUUGUUUCCCAAAGAGCUUUCAAUGUUUCCCCCAGUGAAUUGGGAAGCACAAGCUCAAUGACCACCAUUCCUGGGGCAGAAUUCCGUUCAAAUGUUCCAACCGGUACUGUAUCACCUAGUUUACCAGGGGUAGUGAUUUCAGAGACUUCUAGUUCUGCUGCAGAGACCAGCGCAACUUUCCCAACUUUGACUCAUUCAGAAGAUCAUCUGGAAACCACAACCUCAUUGGUCACCCAACCUAAAACAGAAGUCAGGUCAGCCAUUCCAACUCUGCCUGUGUCCCCCAGUGAACCAGAUACAACAGUUUUCAUAACCACCCAUACUUCAGAGACCAUUGUGUCCCAAAGGGCUUUCAAUGUUUCCCCUAGUGAAUUGGACAGCACAAUCACAAUAGCCACCAGUCCUGGGGCAGAUUCCAGUUCAAGUGUUCCAGCUGGGAGUGUCUCACCUGGUUUACCAGGUGUGGUGACUUCACAGGCUACUAGUUCUGAGACAGAGACCAGCACAAUCACAAUAGCCACCAGUCCUGGGCCUGAAUCCAGUGCAACUCUUCCAGCUAGAACUGUCUCACCUGCUGUACCAAAGGUGGUGACCUCACAGGCCACUAGUUCUGGGGUACAUACCAGCACAUCUUUUUCAACCUUGACUAAUACCCAAGAUCAUUUGGAGACCACAUCCUCAUGGGUCACCCAAUCUGAAACAGAAGCCUGGUCUGCUGUUCCAAAUCUGACUAUGUCCUCCAGUGAACCAGAUACAACAGUCUUAUUGGUCACCCUUCCUGCAGAGACCAGCCUAACUGUUUCCAAAACAACCCCCAAUGUUUCCCUUCCUGAAUUAGGCAGUACAAUCUCAAUGGCCACCAGUCCUGGGGCAGAGUCCGGUUCAAGUGUUCCGGCUGGAACUGUCUCAUCUGGUUUAUCAGGGGUGCAGACAUCACAGGCUACUAUUUCUGGGGCAGACACCAGCACUACUUUUUCAGCUCUGACAAUUUCUGGGAUAGAAGCCAAUACAGCUGUUUCAACACUGACUGAUUCCUUUGUUGAGCCAGAUACAGCAGUGUUAUUGGUCACCCAUCCUACAGAGACCAGCCAAACAGUUCCCCAAACAAUCCCCAGUGUUUUUCACAGUGAAUCAGAGUCCACACCUUCAGUGGCCACUGACUUUGAAAAAGAAGCCAGUUCAGCUGUUUCAACUCUGACUGUCUCUCCUGGUGUACCAUGUAAGGUGACCUCACAGGUCACUGUUUCUGAAACUGAUGGCAGCAUGGCUAUUUCGACUCUUACUCCUGGUGAACCAGCAACUAUAGCCUUAUUGGUCACCCACCCUAGUGCAGAGACGAGCAUAAACGUUCUUGCUUCAACUGUUUUACCUCGUUUGCCAGAUAUCACAGCCUCACUGUCCACCCAACCUGGGUUGGCAAUUAGUUCAUCUCUUCCAACUAAAACUGUCUCCAUUGGUCCACCAAAAACAACAUCCUCUCUCUUCACCACAGUUGUGAAUGAUGCCAGCAGCAUUGAUCUGGGUCCAACAGUAUCAAUAGAUGUUCCUAUGAAAACAGCCUCAUUUUCUACCCAUCCUGGGAUGGACCUCAGCACAACUAUUUCAACUUCAACUCUUUCCCAUGGUUUACCAGAGACCACAGGCUUACUGACCACCAGUCCUGCUUCAGAGACCAGUACCGGUAUUCCAACUCUGACUAAUGUCCCUGGUGUUCUUGAGCCUUCCACUACCCCUGCAACCAUUGGUAAGCCUUAUACUGUACCUGCUUGGAGCACACAAACCUUGCCACCUGCUACCUCAGUUGGACUCCCAGAACUUUCCAACACUGUUACUGUAAGUGUUACUGGGGAUACUGUGACCUUGACUGCACCUAAAACCAGUCAUGAAGGAUCAAGUCCAACUACUUUCCUGAAAACAACAACUCCUGAGAUCACUCCAUUAGCUGCCACAGGUUCAGGCUCCACUAUGGCCGAGACUACAACCACUUUCGAUACACUAUCCAAAACUUCCCUUGUCCCUGUGUCUACAUCUGAGGUGUUCACCUUGGCCUAUGUGACUAUGACUUCAGGAACAAGUAAGAAUAACUUUCCUGGGCCUGACUCGGGACUGGCCUCACUCUACUCUCCCCUCACUGCAGCCGCACUUCCUCUCCUGCUGCCUUUUACUGUCAACUUCACCAUCGUCAACAUGCGCUACAAGGAAGACAUGGGAAACUUGAGCUCUGAGAUAUUCAGUGCCACUGAAAGAUACCUGCAGCAACUGCUGGGGCCCUUGUUCAAGAACAGCAGCAGCAUCGGUUCCCUCUAUGCUGGCUGCAGACUGACCUUGCUCAGGGCUGGAAAGAAGGGAACAAGCACCGCAGUGGAUAUGAUCUGCACCCACCACCGAGACCCCACAGGCUCCACGCUGCACAGAGAACAACUGUACUGGGAGCUCAGCCAGGGGACCCAUGGUGUCACUCAGCUGGGGCCCUACACCCUGGACAGGAAUAGCCUCUUUGUCAAUGGUUAUAACCAUCGGUACUGGAUCCCCACUACCAGCAAUGAGGGCCCAGCCUCAGUGCCUUUCACCCUCAAUUUCACCAUCACCAACAUGCUCUACACCCCAGACAUGAGACACCCAGGCUCUGCGAAGUUCAAUUCCACUGAGAGGGCCUUGACUUACCUGCUCAGUUCUUUGUUCAAGAACACCAGCAUCGGCCCACUGUACUCUGGCUGCAGACUGGCCCUGCUCAGGACUGAGAAGGAUGGAGCAGCAACAGGAGUGGACACCACCUGCACUUACCAUCCUGACCCCAUGGGGCCUGGGCUGAACGUAGAAGAAUUAUACCAGGAGCUGAGUCAGUUGACCCAAGGUGUCACCCUGCUGGGCACCUACACCCUGGACAGAGACAGUCUCUAUGUCGAUGGUUAUAACCGUCACAACUGGACCCCUGACACAAGCAGUGAGUAUUCAAAUCUGAAAUUUCAAUGUCCAGCCAACCCUUAUUCCCCACAGUGCACUCCUCAGGAGAAAGCUCCUAAUGUCCCCUCCAAAUCCUUCACCCUGAAUUUCACCAUCACCAGCCUGCGCUACACAGAGAGCAUGGGGAAUCCGGAAUCUGAGAUAUUCAAUAAUAUGGAGAGAAUCUUGAAUCGCCUGCUCAAACCAUUAUUCCAGAGCAGCAGUAUUGGGCCCCUCUACUUUGGCUGCAGAUUGACCUUGCUCAGGCCUGAGAAAAAUGGAACCACCACUGGAAUUGAUACUGUCUGCACAUACCAUUCUAACCACAUGGGUCCUAAGCUGGACAGAGAGCAGCUGUACUGGGAAAUGAGCCAUAGGACCCACGGUGUCAGCCAGCUGGGCUCCUUCACCCUGGACAAAGACAGCCUCUACGUCAAUGGUUAUACCCAUCAGACCGUAGCUUCCAUGCCCAGUGCUACAGUGACCUCCAUGUUCUUCCCAAGGACCUCGCCGGUGCCAGCCCACUUCAGCUCCACAGCUGCAGCAGCCAUCCCUUUCCUGGUGCCAUUCACCCUCAACUUCACCAUCACCAACCUGCCCUAUAAAGAGGACAUGCAGCAACCAGGCUCCAGGGGAUUCAGCACCACAGAGAGGAUCCUGCAGGGUCUACUCAAAUCUGUGUUCAAGAACAGCAGUCUGAAAUUACGCCAUGCAGGCUGCAGACUAGACUUGCUCAGCCCUGAGGAGGAUGGGACAGCCACCAGAGUGGACAUCAUCUGCACUCAUCGCCCUGACCCCGAAGGCCCUGGACUAGACAGAGAGCAGCUAUACUGGGAGCUGAGACGGCUGACCCAUGACAUCACGAAGCUGGGACCCUACAUGCUGGAGAAGGACAGUCUCUAUGUCAAUGGUUUCACCCAUCGGAGCUCCACACUCAUCACCAGCACUCCUGGGACCUCCACAGUUGACUUGGAGACCUCUGAGACCCCAUCUUCCUUCCCCAGCCCCACAGCAACAAGCCCUACCCUGGUUCCAUUUACCCUCAACUUUACCAUCACAAACCUGCCAUACGUGCCAGACAUGGGACAUCCAGGAUCUGCAAAGUUAAACAUGACAGAAGAGGUCCUACAGCCCAUUCUUUGUUCUUUGUUCAAGAACACCAGCAUCGGCCCCCUGUAUUCCAACUGCAGACUGACCUCACUCAGGCCAGAGAAGGACGGAUCGGCCACCAGAGUGGAUGCCAUCUGCACCUACCACUCUGAGCCCACAAGCUCUGGGCUGGACAGAGAGAAGCUGUACAGGGAGCUGAGCCAUGAAACUCACGGUGUCACCUGGCUGGGCUCCCUCACACUGGACAGGAACAGCCUUUAUGUCAAUGGUUACACCCAUCAGGCCCUGCCCUCCACCCCUAGUGCCUCCACCAUCACCCCAGCAACUUCAGCGACCCCAGUUCCAGUCUCCAUAGCCACUGUCCCUGCUCUGGUGCCAUUCACUCUCAACUUCACUGUCACUAACUUGAAUUAUGAGGAGAACAUGGGUCACCGUGGUUCCUGGAAGUUCAACACUACUGAAAGAGUUCUGCAGCACGCGCUCAGAAUCUUGUUCAAGAAGAGCAUUGUGGGCCCCCUCUACUUGGACUGCAAAUUGACCAUGCUAAGGCCCAAGAAGGCUGGGACAGCCACUGGAAUGUACGUCAUCUGCACACACCGCCCUGACCCUGUGGUCCCUGGGCCGAACAGGGAACAGCUGUCCUGGGAGUUGAGCCGACUGACCUAUGGUGUCACUCAGCUGGGCCCCUACACCCUAGACCAGGAAGGUCUCUGCAUUAAUGGCUACACCCACCAGACCCGGGCAACCACCCCCAGCAUGUCUAUGGUGGCCACAGUUUCUAUGGGGAUCCUGACUCCUUUCUCCAGUCCCACAGCUGCUGGCUUUGCCCUGGUGCCCUUCACCCUCAACUUCACCAUCACCAACCUGCACCACACAGAGGACAUGCAGCCAGGCUCUGCGAAGUUCAACUACACAGAGUCAGUUCUACAACAUCUGCUCAAGCCCAUGUUCACCAACAGCAGCAUCGGUUCACGCUACACUGGCUGCAGGCUGACCGCGCUACGGCCUGAGAGAGAUGGGGCAGCCACCAGCGUGGACACAGUCUGCAACCUCCGCCCUGACCCCGCAGGCCCUGGGCUGGACAGAGAGCGGCUGUACUGGGAGCUCAGCCGACUGACCCAAGGUGUCACCAACUUGGGUUCCUACACCCUGGACCAGAACAGUCUCUGGGUCGAUGGUUACACCCACCAGACUUCAGAAACUACCCACAGUGCAACAGGACCACCCCUGGUGCCUUUCACCCUCAACUUUACCAUCACCAACCUGCAGUACACAGCGGACAUGUGGCCUCCAGGCUCCUUGAAAUUCAACACCACCGAGAAGUUUCUGCAGCGCCUGCUCAAGCCCUUGUUCAGGAACACUAGUGUGGGCACCCUCUAUUCAGGCUGCAGACUGGCCCGCCUCAGGCCCAAGAAGGCUGGGACAGCCACUGGAGUGGAUGUCGUCUGCACACACCGUCCUGACCCUGUGGUCCCUGGGCUGGACAGGGAGCAGCUGUACCAGGAGCUGAGCCUGCUGAUUCGUGGUUUCACUCAGCUGGGCCCCUACACCCUGGACCAGGACAGUUUCUACAUCAACGGUUACACCCACAGGACCCAGACUACCACCCCUAGUAGUGAGUAUUCUGCUGUUCCAAAGUCUCUACAACCCUGUUACACCCAUUUGGCCUCGGCCACCACCUCCAAUACUACUGGCCCUACCCUGGUGUUCUUCACCCUGAACUUUACCAUCACCAACAUGCGGUACACAGAGGACAUGGGGUACCCAGCUUCCUUGAAGUUCAAUUCCACUGAGAGUAUCCUACAGCAGCAACUGCAGCUCUUGCUCAAUAAGACCAGUGUCGGCCCCCUCUAUUCAGACUGCAGACUGGCCUCGCUCAGGCUUGAGAAACAUGGAGCAGCCACUGGAGUGGACAUCAUUUGCACCUACCGCUCUGACCUUGCGGUCCCCGGGCUGGACAGAGAGCGGCUGUACUGGGAGCUGAGCCAUGAGACCCACGGUGUCACCCAGCUGGGUUCCUUCACUCUGGACAGGAACAGUCUUCAUGUCAAUGGUUACAUCUAUGGAGCCACAGCCUUGACUCCCACCACUAUGGAGGUCAGUGAAGAGCUAUUCACGAUGAAUUUCACCAUCAACAACCUGCGCUACUCAGCGGACAUGGGCCAUCAUGGCUCCCUCAAGUUCAACAUCACAAACACCCUCAUGCAGCAUCUGCUCAGCAAGUUGUUCUGGAGGAGCAGCCUUGGUCCCCGAUAUAAAGGUUGCAAGGUCACCUCAUUAAGGUCUCUGAAGAAUGGCGCCAAGACAAGGGUGGACUUUGUCUGCACCUACCGCCAGCUCCCCAGCGGUCCAGGGCUGCCUGCCAAGCAGGUGUUCUAUGAGCUGAGCCGGCAGACCCAUGGCAUCACUCAGCUGGGCCCCUAUUCUCUGGAUAAGGACAGCCUCUACCUCAAUGGUUAUAAUGAACAUGGUCCGGACGAGCCUCCUACAACUCCUGAGCCAGACAUCACCUUCCUGCCCACUUUAUCAUCACCUGUGCAACCAGAAGCAACCACAGCUCUAUCACGCAAUCUGGAAACCCUCACACUCAACUUUACUAUCUCCAACCUCCAGUAUUCAACAGACAUGAACAGUGGCUCAGCCACAUUCAACUCCACCAAGAAGGUUCUGCAGCACCUGCUCAGAUCCUUGUUCAUGAAGAGCAGUCUGGGCCCCUACUACUUGGGUUGCAGACUGAUCUCCCUCAGGCCUGAGAAUGAUGGGGCAUCCACCAGUGUGGAUGCCAUCUGUACCUACCUCUCUGAUCCCUUGGACCAUGGGCUAGACAGAGAUCAACUUUACUUGGAGCUGAGCCAGCUGACCCACAAUGUUACCCAGAUGGGCACCUACACCCUGGUCAAGGGCAGCCUCUUUGUCAAUGGCUAUGCCCCCCAGAAUUUAUCUAUUCAGAGUAAGUAUCAACUAAAUUUCUGCAUCAUCAACUGGAACCUCAGCAAUCCAGACCCCAUGUCCUCUGAGUACAUCACCCUGCUGAGGGACAUCCAGGACAAGGUCACCAAACUCUACAGAGGCAGCCAGCUACAAGAUAUAUUCUACUCCUGCUUGGUUACUGACUUGAAGUUGGGCUCCAUGUCAGUCACCGUCCAGGAACUGUUCUCCUCCAGUGUAGACCCCAGCAUGGUGAAGCAAGUCUUUCUAGACAAGACCCUCAAUGGUUCAUCCCACUGGCUGGGUGCCACCUACCAUUUGGCAGAUAUUCAAGUGACAGAAGUAGAGGCAUCAGUUCAUCUGCCAACAGACAAACCAACAAGCAGUCCCAGCCCUCAGCACUUCCAGCUGAAUUUCACUGUCACCAAUCUAUGCUACGUCCAGGAUAUAGCCCAGCCAGGCACCACCGCACACCAGCGGAACAAGAGAAGUAUGGAGCAUGCGCUCAACCAGCUCUUUCAAAACAGCAGCAUCAAGAGUUAUUUUUCAGACUGUCAAGUUUUGGCCUUCAGGUCUGUCACCCACAGCAACCACACUGGAGUGGACUCCCUGUGUCAUUUCUCACCAUUGGCACAGCAAAUGGACAGAGCUGCCAUCUACGAGGAAUUCCUGCAGCUGACCCAGAAUGGCACCCAACUGCAGAACUUUACCCUGGACAGGGACAGUGUCCUAGUGGAUGGGUAUUCUCCAAACAGACAUAAUGCCCUGACUGAGGAUUCUGACCUCCCCUUCUGGACCAUCAUCCUCAUCUGCUUGGCGGGACUCUUGGUGCUCAUCACAUGCCUGAUCUGCUGUUUCUUGGUCACCAUGUGCCUGCGGAAGAAGAAGGAAGAUUUUGAGAUUCAGCAGCAAUGCUGGUACCUGCCACACCUAGACCACAGGAAGCUGCAAUGACUAGAUCCGCCUGAGGCCCCUGUUCCCAGCCAGGGCCAGGAGGAGCUUGGCUGGAACACGGAUCAACCACACUGGUCCGUCACAGUCUCUGGUCCUUCUUAAUAUAGCCCUGUCUGGUCCACAGGAAACUGAGAUGAAAUUCUUCCCCUUCAUUAAGUCCUGAAGGCAACUGCAAGUUCUGCCUUGCAGUUUUGCAUCCCUUUAUCCCUCAGGAACACCAGAAUUGGCAAAACUGGAGCAGAAAUUGCCACUGUACAAAACCGUAUCCUCUCCAGGGUGUGGCUUCCCUUCUUAGGAAACUUUGGAACACACCUGAACUGACUUGGGUUAGCGCCACACUUACCUCCAUUCCUCCGGUGUUCCCACCCCAAAGCCCUGGCAUCUCAAGCUCCCCUCGCACUACUUCACUCUCUGAAGUUCAGAUUCACGCCAGGACUUCCAGGUCGACCUGCCUCGGUGCCACCUCUUUCCUCACGGUUCUCCAAGAUGGAAGAUAGGCCAGGAUGGAAGGAAUGGGUUCAACGGGACUCUGCAUUCAGCUCUGGAACUUGGGGCCUGAAAUGACUGGCUAUGUGGGAAGACUGAAUUGAGAGUAACACCCAGGCUCUAGAAAG